AUGAUGCGACGCCUCUGGACAGCGGUCGCGCUGGCCCUCGCCGUCGGCGCCUCGACCAGCCGCGUGCUCAGUGACACGGAUGACAUCGUCGACACGGUGCCGAAGGACGUCUCGUGUACAAAGGUCAAAAAGUGCACCGACAACAACGAAUGCGUGCUCGUCUGCGACCGCGGGUCGGUCGAGAUCGAUCCGUGGGCCGCGCACGCGCUCAAGCUGCAGCGCCAGCUCGCCUACACGCACUCGCUCUGCCACGCGCAGCUCCCAGGCUCGCACAACUCGGCCAUCAACUUGGUCGACGGCUACGGCGUCGAAGACCACGUUUUUGAAAGCAUCCUCAAGUAUUUUCCGUGGUUCACGAGCAACCUCGUCGUCCACACCAACGACCAGCUCUUUAGCAUGACGGACCAGCUGCGCAUGGGUGCGCGCUUCAUGGAGCUCGACGUGCACUGGGUCGACGACGACCUGCGCAUCGCGCACUGCGGCGGCUUUGACUUGCCCGUGCUCGACGACUUUGUCGCGGGUAUCAACGCGAUCGCCAAGCUCCUUGGCAUGGAGAUCCAGUGGGACUCGGAGACCGUCGGGUGCAAGCCGUCGCUGAGCAGCAUCCCCGCGCACCAGCAGCGCCCGGCCCUGCACGCGCUUCAGGAAAUCGCGACCUGGGUCCAUGCGCCAGAAAACGCGGGCGAAUUUGUCCUCAUUUACUUCGACGACCAAAUCAAUCUCGUCAAGUGGCACAAGGUCGAGCUGCUCCUCGACUACAUCAAGCAAGCGUUCGACGUUAGCGAAAUCUUCAAGCCGUCCGACGUCCAGGACGGCGCGAGCUGGCCGACGUACGAAGCGCUUCUCGCAUCCGGGAAGCGCGUGGCCUUUCUCUCUGUCUCGGACUACUCGCCGAUUGGCGACGAACUCCUCUUCCACAAGUACACCCUCUGCGGGUGGCAAGAACCCGACUUGCCGUUCCAGCCGUACCCUGCGUGCAGCUUCAAGAACUGGAAGACAAGCACGAUUGAGAACGACCACAUUCUAUUCCGCCCCGAGACGAGCGAGAUCCAAUAUGGGUUCAUCAACGCCGACGGCCACGUGGGUCCGAACGAGUUUCUCAUCGACAAUGCUCAGCUGCCGCGCCUCAUGGAGUGCAACGUCAAGAUCCCGUCGCCCGACAACUUGACGCCCAACCGCAUGGCGGCCAUGAUCUGGUCGUUUGCCGAGAACGAACCCUCGGACCUCUCGGCGUGCGUGGCCAUGCCCCGGGGCACGACCGCGCGCUGGGCCUCGCACGACUGCACAUCGACUAAAGGUUUUCGUGCCGCGUGCUUUACGAAUGCGACGACCGAGAGCUCGUUUGCGCACUGGACGCUCGGCGACGUCUCGGACGGACACCGGGUCACGUGCCCGAGUGGGUACGCGUACGGCGUGCCCAGAAAUGGGUACGAGAAUCGGAUCCUAUUCGACUUGCUCUGGAACGACAGCCCGGACGUGACAGCCGGUAUCUGGAUCAACGCCAAGCCCUUCCUGGACCGGAUGCACAACAAAGCGCCCGUGUACGACUAUGGCCAAGCCAACCUCGCGUCGUGAGGAUCGCCGUGCAGAUCCUGCUAGCCUUUGUUCUCCAUGUGACUCGA